CGCGUUGCUAUUGGCUGAGCGCGAAAUUUCAAACGUAGGAACAGCAGCGCGUCAGAGAGAAGAAAAACAAACCUAACGAUGCAAGUUAUCGAGAGUAAUUGAUUUGUGAAUCAAUCAAUCUGAUAGAUUGGUUGGAAGCGACCACCAAUUUAGAUUUUAAAGUACCUUUUUAAACUGAAUACAAAAUGGAUAUUCCCACAUACUUACAGCGCUUCAAAGACAGUCUGAGCACGUAUACGGGAGACGACCCACUGGAGCGAUGGGACAGCUUUGUGGAGUAUCUGGGGCAAAGAUUACCUGCAGGCGGCUGCGGCGAGAUGUCGCCGGUGUUUGACAGUAUCGUGGAGACAUUUCUGAACGUCGAGCGCUACGCAAAUGACAUCAGAUAUGUGAACUACUGCAUCAAAUGUGCGAGUUAUUAUUCGGACCCCAGUGAGCUGUACCGCUACGUCUACAGUAAGGGCGUCGGCACCAGGACCGCUGCCCUCUACGUGGCCUGGGCCCAGCAGUUUGAACAGAGGGGAAUGAUCGAGCAGGCCGACGGCCUGUACCAGAAAGCCACGGAGAACCAGGCUCAGCCAGCCGACACGAUCCUCAACGAGUACAGGCAGUUUCAAAGAAGAACAGGAAGCCAGGCUCCAGUAUCUGCAGGGAGUCGAAACCCUUUGCAAAACUCCAACUUAACCAAUCAGAUGUCCUCCCUUGCAGAGCCUGGAGCUCCAAACAAGGCCUCAGCGGAUUGUCUACCCAAGCCACCUGCACAGAUAAUAAUAGUGUCUCGCUCUGAGACGUCGGGGACGAUCCCCUCCGGCCAAGGCGCCAGCGUUCGGACGGCGUCGGCAUACACGCAGGAGGCGCUUGUUUGCGAAGGAUCUGAAUUAAGCUUUGAGGAGGUGCGAGCAGAAAACUACUUGCGUAAGAUCCGAGAGAAGAAGGAAAAGGAGCUGAGAGAAAUGGGCGCCUCCUCCUCUCUCCCUCCUGUCUUCCGGGCAGAAGUUCCUGCUCUCACACACCCACAAGAGCUCCAACCCCCCCGUUCCACUUCAUCAUAUGUAGCGGAGAUGAUGAGGGAGGAGGAAGAGAGGAUCCUGAAGAACACGUGUCGUCUGGAGGACGUGAACCAGGUCCUGGAGCCGCAGCUGUCCGUAGCCGAGAAGGUCUCCAGUCUGAACCCCAAUCCUACCCAGCAGCCCUUUGGCCGUCCUCGCCCCCCAAACCGUCUGAGCAACAGGCGCUCUCUGGGCUUGAGAUUACACCACGAGCCGCCCUUCAUCCACGAGGCCCCCGCAGCUGACCCACCUCGCCAGGGCAUUACCGCGGCUUCUGACGGGAGCGUUUGCUUACCGCCUCCAGCGUCUGUCGCCCCGGCGUGGCCGGUUCCGGCCCAGUCCACUCAGCCGCCUGUCGCCUUCGAGCAGACGGACGUGUCGCUCCGCGGACCCGACGCGCUGUGCCUUCCUCACUUACCGCCUCCAGUGUUCAUGGAGUCCAUAUCUGCCUACGGAAACGCCGGCUCUCUCCGCCGAGACGAUCGUGUUCAGCCCAGCAGCUCGCAGAGCUGUCGCCUCCAGGAGCACCACGCCACGCAGCGUGAUGUCAGUAACCUGUUGGAGCUCGAGGACAAAUUCAAUUUGUCCCAGGGAAGCACCGCUAACCUGUCUCACAUCACUCCCAAUACUUCACUGGGCUUUGUUCAGGCCACACCGUCCAGGGUGCUGCCGUCACCCACUGUCAACACCCGGGAAGCACUGGAUGUGAUAAUGGACAUGUUCCAGGCUCCGACGUUCCAAGAGGACCCGUUCAUUAACACGUCGGUGUUCGGCACUGAAGAGAAUGAGUUUGAUCCCGGCCUCGCAACAACCGACGGCGUCUCCUCCGUCCCGAAGCCCGCGGCCGCAGCGCCGUUCACCGUCUUCCAGGACGACGCCGACGAAGAGAACGGCAGUGCUGCCGCUCCCGUUGCAGUCGAGAAGUCUAAACCAAUCAGAGCGCUCGCAGAAAUCACCGUGCCCGGCAAACCCAAUGACACUCCUGCAGACCUGAUGCCGGACGAGAGCACCAUGUGGGGCGCACGCUACAACUCGCUCCACUCGCUGGCCGCCUGCCCCAACAGCACCACGGACUUCGCCAUGCUGGCUCAGUUUGUCUCCACUCCAUCAGCGCACAAGACGCCUUUCAGCGGCAAGUUCUUCGAGGAGGACGAGGAAGACGAGAACAAUUGCGAUGGCAAAGAAAACGCUGACGAAGAUGCUUUCAUGAGACGCCAGCCGAAAAAACUCAGCCCAAUCCUGGAGACGAGUCCGUCCAACGAAACGGUCUUCAGUCAGCUGGCGCCCUCCUCCGAGGGACUCGGCACCAUCGUGGGCGAAGGGCUCGCCGCCGCGCCGCACUGCCUGACCACUUCCUCCUGCACCACCAUGGUGCAGCCCCCGCCUCCGGCCGUGCUGUCCUUCCGAGACCAGACCCUCUGUCCCCCCGACUCCACGGAUUCCACCGCAGCCCCCGGCUGGGCGGUGUACGCCAGCCCCGAGCAGCCUCCCAAACCGUACCCGGAGACUUCGAUCAGACCUAACGGCGAAGCUUUUGCCAUCACGGAAGAUGUGGACGAACCGUCCAGUCCGGAUCGGCUCCAGAAACCAGUCCGUGACGUCCCCAUGAGCCCCGAGUGCGCUCUCGCGGCGGACUGGACGCUUGUCCGAAGCCCCGAGCGCACAGCGGUGCCGGACCUGGACGCCUUCCUGAGUCCCUGUCCCAUGAGUCCGCAGCAGCCGCCUCUCUGCGCCGACGUGCCCAUGAGCCCGGCACCACUCGCCGCCGAGGACGAGCCCAUGAUGAGUCCGGAGAGGCUGAGGCCGAGCACCGACGCGUCCGCGAACGCCAGGACGCCAGCGGCGGCGGUCCAGCUGGUGUCGGACCCCUGGGCCGAUGAGGUCAUCUCUCGUCUGCUGUCAUCGCUGAGCCAGCCGCUCACCUCGCACCCCUGCUGCACCAGCUGGCAGUGCAACGUACCCAACAUCACCCCCAAGACCACCAUCAGCAUGGGAAAAGCGUCCCUGCGCGUCGACUGUGUCCUGGGAGAAGGGGCUUUUGCAACGGUGUACCAGGGUACCGACCUCCAGACCUCAGAGAAGGUGAUGCUGAAGGUUCAGAAGCCGGCCAAUCCCUGGGAGUUUUACAUCAACACGCAGCUGGACGCGCGCCUGCCGCACACCGUGCGCCACCUCUACAGCAGCAUCCGCUCCGCCCACCUCUUCCACAACGGCAGCGUGCUGCUCGGGGAGCUUCACAACUACGGCACCCUGCUGAACGCGGUGAACAUCUACAAAACCCUGAGUGACAAGGUGAUGCCUCAGCCCCUCGUCAUGUACUUCAGCGUCUGCAUCCUGCACAUGGUGGAGCAGCUGCACGCCGCCCGCAUCGUCCACGCCGACGUCAAACCGGACAACUUCCUGCUGGGAGAGAGGUUCCUGGAGAACAAGGGGUUCGAGCCGGAGGACCUGGACCACGGCCUGGCCCUCAUCGACCUCGGCCAGAGCAUCGACAUGGACCUUUUCCCAGAAGGCACCGCUUUCACCGCCAGGUGUUUGACGUCGGGCUUCCAGUGCACGGAGAUGCUCAGCGGGAAACCCUGGAACUACCAGACGGAUUACUUUGGAAUCGCGGCGACGGUCCACUGCAUGCUGUUUGGGACGUACAUGCAGGUGAAGAAUGAAGGUGGCGUGUGGGUGACAAACGGAGUAUUUAGAAGGAACCCCCACUGCGACUUGUGGCAGGAGUUCUUCCACACGCUGCUCAACGUGCCGGACUGCAGCUCCCGGCCGAGCCUGGGGCUCCUGCGCUCCGGCCUGGCGUCGACGCUGCGGCACAACUACAGCAGCCGGCUGCCGGCGCUCAAGAACCGGCUGACGGUGCUGCUGCUGGAGCGCCACAAGGCGGCACGCAGAUGACCCGCGUCUCCUCCGUCACUCGGGGUCAACCUUUAGCUCUUAAUGCUGCGCUGAAAUGUCACCGGAGGAGGCCUUUCGGCAUCGGAUUUGUACAAUUAUUUUUU